AUGGGAUACCUCCAAUCAAUCUACAAGGCCUACGACUUCUUCAACGAUCUGUACUCUGCUUCAUCCGAACACUCGCCUAGCGCAUUCGAUACAACUACGGUCAUGUCGCUCUUUGACGAUGUCCGUCAUCCGUUCUCAUCUCGCCCAACCUAUCUAUAUCCAAUCUUGUUACACCAAUAUACCACGGACUGGUGA